AUGGCGGUUGGAAAGAACAAGAGACUCUCCAAGGGCAAGAAAGGUCUCAAGAAGAAGACCGUCGACCCAUUCUCCCGCAAGGACUGGUACUCGAUCAAGGUGGGCUCAAACCUACCGCAACAAUUUACAGGCAUUUCGCUAAACCUUUCUUUUUUCAGGCGCCCAGCUCCUUCAGCGUUCGAGAGUGAGUUUAAUAUUUUGUUUAGCGAUCCCAGAAAGCGUGCAUGGGUUAAAACGGGGCUGACAACAAAAAAUAGUGUCGGCAAGACCCUCGUGAACCGCACGACUGGUCUUAAGAACGCAAAUGAUGCUUUGAAGGGCCGUAUCGUCGAGGUUUCCUUGGCCGAUCUACAGAAGGACGAAGAGCAUUCUUUCCGCAAAGUUCGCCUUCGAGUGGAUGAGGUUCAAGGGAAGAAUUGCCUGACCAACUUCCAUGGGUUGGAUUUCACCUCCGACAAGCUCCGAUCUCUUGUUCGCAAGUGGCAGACUCUUAUUGAGGCCAAUGUCACCGUCAAGACGACCGAUGACUAUCUCAUCCGCCUCUUUGCAAUCGGUUUCACUAAGCGACGCCCUAACCAGAUCAAGAAGACUACCUACGCCGCAUCUUCGCAGAUCCGCGCCAUCCGACGCAAGAUGACUGAUAUCAUUCAGCGCGAAGCUUCCAGCUGCACCCUUACUCAGUUGACAUCAAAGCUAAUCCCCGAGGUUAUUGGUCGCGAAAUUGAGAAGUCCACCAUUGGCAUCUAUCCCCUGCAAAACGUGCACAUUCGCAAGGUGAAGCUUCUGAAGGCCCCCAAGUUUGACCUGGGUGCGUUGAUGGCUCUUCACGGAGAGUCGGGGACGGAUGAUCAGGGCCAGAAGGUUGAGCGAGAGUUCAAGGAACGAGUUUUGGCUGAGGUUUAA